AUCAACCCUCGCUGCCUUCCUUGUCCUUCAUGACCAGUGAAAGGAGAUUAACAGACCCAGACCUAACUCAUGAACUGAAUAACUCGACCCUCAUACGUGAGCUUCCACCAGAACUCAAGUUCAACUCCAGCUCUCUAGUUGUCGUCGUCAUUUACAGUGUACUGUUUCUGGUUGCCUCAGUAGGCAAUGUGACAGUGUUUGUGUCUCUGGUCCGCAGUCGACGUCGCAAGUCGCGAGUAACACUGAUGAUGACUCAUCUCUCCAUUGCCGACAUGAUCGUCACCUUCUUCAUGAUCCCGUUGGAGAUCUGUUGGAGGAUCACUACCCAAUGGAUUGCUGGUAACUUCGCCUGCAAGUUCUUAUUGUUCUUCCGAGCCUUCGGUCUGUAUCUGUCCUCCAACGUGCUGGUCUGCAUCAGCCUGGACAGAUACUUCGCCGUGUUACAUCCCCUCAAGGUCACAGUAGCACGACGUAGAGGCAAACUAAUGCUGGUCGGGGCCUGGACUGCCUCCGUAGUCUGCUCUCUUCCCCAGAGUGUAGUUUUUCACGUGGCACAACAUCCAGAAUACCCAGAAUUCUCUCAGUGUGUCUCCUUCGAUUAUUUCUCCACACCGCUCAAGGAGAAGGCCUACAACUUCUUCUGUCUAGUAGUCAUGUACUUUCUACCUCUUGUGGUCAUCACUUUUGCUUACACCUGUAUACUCUUCAAAAUACUUUCAAAGACGAGAGAAAAUCGUGACGACAUGCAGCGUCCCGAGGAGAAUAGUACUGGACCCAGGACGAGGAUGAGACUGCGGAGGAAUGAUACUUCUGUCAUAGAGAGAGCGAGAGCCAAGACUAUCCGAAUGUCCGUUACUAUAGUGGCUGCCUUCGUCUGGUGCUGGACACCUUACGUCGUCAUGACUAUGUGGUACAUCAUUGACCGGAAGUCGGCUGAGAAAGUUGACUCCUGGGUCCAAGAUGCCCUAUUUGUCAUGGCGGUAGCCAAUUCUUGCGUCAAUCCCCUGGUGUAUGGCUCGUAUGCCUUCGACUGUCCUGUGUGCUGGUGCCACUGCAAAUCAUGCUCUGGAUCUAACAGACAAACUACAGACGCUCAAGGACACCCGCUUCACACGGAACAGCCGAGUCCGGGUCACAAACUGAAUAUAAACAAUAACAGUAUCAACAAAUCAUUUCCAGCUUCAUUCGUCGAGGCUCGGAGUCAUUCUUGCACUGCUAGAUAUACAGACAGGAUUAAGAAGCCAGCUGUUUCUCACUUCCAUCUGGACAGGAUACACAAUAAAGAGGAAAUAAUGAAAUGUCAUAGUGAUCCAGGACGUGAAAUAGGCUCAAUUCUGAACUGUACGUCUUUUUGA